AUGGAUCCCCACUCCACUUCGUGGUCUGGUCUUCGCAGUGAUUUGCUCCUCAACAUUGCCAAUCGCCUUGAUUCUCGUAUCGAUCGUCUUUGCUUCCGUGCCGUUUGCUAUUCCUGGCGAUCCGUUCUCCCUACGCCGUCCCGGAGGUCCGCUUCUCCCUCUCCGCCUCUCAAGCUUCCCUUCCCAAUGGGUUCCAACCCUCAUCGGAAUCGCAGACGACGUGGUUACUUCAACCUGGUCGAGUCCACUGUCUACUGCUUCAACCCCUCAAGAAAAAUUUCAGACACUUGGAAGACUUCCAAGUGCUGGCUCAUUAGGAUUGAGGAGACCAAGGAGCCUGGCAAGGUUCGCCUCAUGGAUCCUCUCUCCCGGCUUGAAUCUGAGAACCUGUCUCCGCGUCUUCCUAGAGGCUUGAAUCUCCUUGACUAUAGGGCUUCCGAGAUAACUAAGGUUUACGAUCUUCGAUUUGUGGGCAAUAGUAAAAUACCUGAAUUAGAUUUUCCUGAAGUUUUAUCUGUUCACGUUAUGAAAGUGGCUGUGUGCUCUGAAGGUGCUGGUUUUGCGGUUAUGGCCAUUGACACUGCUGGCCAGUUGAGUAUUGGGAGAAAGGGUGAUAAGAAAUGGAAUCGUAUAAGCAAUGGCCGGGAAGGCGCUUUUUAUAAUGAUGUUGUUUACCAUAAUGCGAAAUUUUAUGCUGUGGAUGACUCCGGUUUGACUAUCUCGGUAGAUUUGUCAUUGAAAAUCACACUAGUUACCCCAGCAAUGACUCGUCCUGGUUAUAAUAGACACAACAGUCUAGCAAAGCGCUUGGUGAGUUCUCUUGGCGAUUUAUUCCUCCUAGAUAGGGACUUUGAUCCUGAGAAUGAAUUUCUUGCGGGCUUUAAUUCUGAUUCCGACGAGGAUGUUCUCCCCACUUAUUUUCAUGUUUAUAAACUGAAUAGGGAGAAACGCAAGUGGGUUUCGGUGAAAAGCUUGGGAAAUAGAGUUAUGUUUGUUGGCGAUCAUUGCACUUUCUCUGUUUCAGCUCAAGAAUAUCGUGGGUGCAAGAAGAAUUGCAUUUACUACAACGAACGUGGCUCCUUUUGUGGUGAUCUCGUUGAAUAUCAUCCCGGCGGUGAUGCUGCAUUGUUUGACAUGGAUGAUUGUUCUGCUAAGAUGCUUUCAGGAGUCUUUAGCUAUUCUGGA